AUGAAACUGUCAUCACUCUCAGUAAUGCUCAGUGGGGCACGAUACCUACCUGGAUCGCAAGGUUCUCUUUUCCAAACAGCACAAGGCAUCGGCCACGAAUUCAACUCGGAACGCAAAUGGCCAUGCAAUCUGGGUGCCUGGAAAUACGGGGCGCUCCUUCCCUUCCGAACCUCGAAGCUUCCCGAUCUUCCUGAUUCAUCCACGUCUCCGACUUCUUCCUCAUCCCCUCUGUUCCCAACCGCCAAAGAAUCAAAUUAG